AUGGAGGAAGACGCUAUUACAGGUCAUAGACCGCCCGAUGAAUUACAUUCUGAAAACUCUUCUAAAAAAACUAAUAUGGAUGAUAACAGGACUGUAAAUAAUUUAAUUGUUUUUGAAAACCGGUAUAAACCCAGCGAUAAGGAUCCAUUCUUUGUAUAUAUUGAACACAAAAAUAAACAUAUCGUAGAUCCAUAUAUACAUCCGGUAGUGCAAUGCUAUAUAUGUCUCAGAUAUAGUCACUUAUCAAAACAAUGUAAAUCUAAAGAAAGUAGAUGUAAAAAAUUUACAGACACCACCCAUACUGUAGAAACUUGUAAUGAAAAUAAUCAUUACAUAUACUGUAAAACCAACGAUCACACCUCGUUGUCUAGAAAAUGUCCAAUAUACGAGAAACAGAAGAAAAUCAAAGCAAUAAUGGCAUCAGAAAAUAUAACAUUCAGAGAAGCAGAACAAUUACAUAACAAUUCAAGCUACGAAAAAAUAAUAACUUAUAUUAGAUUUUCUAUUUUAAAUAACAUUAUCAAUUUUAACAGCUCACCUACCUCGUCUAACAAUGUCCCUAAUUUCACAAUAAAUAAACUUGUAAGGAAAACUAAUCACACAACUACAACUAAUAAACGUAAAGCAACUUCUCCACCAAUUUUACCUCAUACCUCUGUCUGA